AUGUCAACCGUAGCAAUGAGGCUGACCAUACCGCGGAAUCCACGCUCCAUAUCUCUCCUCUCCACCUGUAAUCGAGUCAUUUGCAGCAACACUACCCAACGACAUCAACCAUAUGCAUCCGCAUCGAAUCCUACAUCGACAGCAGCAGAAGCGUCAGCAACCUCAUCGACAAUACCAUCAUCAAAGGCCCUAAGAUCUGGAAUAACAUGGACCCAGUACUUUACCAUGAGACAUCAACGUAAAACAUAUGAACGCACAGGUGGCAUUUUGGGAGCUACUGUUGGGUUUCUUGGAGGAACGUUCUACUUUGGCGCUGUUGCUGAUUUUGAUCCCACGACGCCGAUAAUGGGUAUUGAUCCCGCAAUAGCAUUCACGCUUGGUGCUAUGGGUGUAGCAGGAGGCGCUCUGGUUGCUGGGAUUUUAGGUGGAGGAUCGUUAUGGCGACUGAUGCAUGGAAAGGUGAUUAACGCCAUAGACGCCAGAGACAAGGAGUUCUUUGAUCGAGUCAAGAGGUAUCGUUCAGAUGCCUCAAAGAGCUCACCGCAAAACCAAAUACCAGACUAUUAUGGUGAAAAGAUAAAAAGUCUAUCAGAGUAUCGUCAAUGGUUGAGAAAACAACGCCAGUUUAGAAGAAAGGCAGAGAUCAAGGUCCCACUUUAA